AUGUCCUCAACUGUCGAAGCAGCAUUCGCGGAUCUGAACCAUAGAACAUUCAAAGGCGAGUUGCCAAUGCAAUCAGAGAAAGAUAAAAAGCAAAAAAGGAAAUUAAUUUACCUCAAUGACUGCCCAGAUUGGGAUCACAUGCCAACUCUGCACAGAAUUAUAAUACCCUUAUUAAAAACCGGUAGUUUACUCAAAGGCUCUCGUUGCGGCGAUUACUUUAUUGUAGUUCGCGAGACUUGCGCCUUCGAUUCAAUUACUCAAAUAGUAACAAACGCAAUAGCCACAAAUCCCACUUAUGCCGACAUUGUUACAACUGAACAUAACAAUUUUUGCAAUUCUAUUCGAGAUCUUCAAGCAUAUGAUACUGAAAUGGAUCUUGAAAAGAAUUCAGAGCAGGAUCGUUUAUUGAACGUCUAUGACUUAUCCCCAGCUAACAAAGGAGCUUCUUACAAAUUACUGCUGAAAUCCAUGCUAUCCAACGAUAUUCGCACUUUCAAAAACACUCUGGACAACAGACAACAACCAAAUGUCUUGCAUGUCAACUAUGUCUAUCCUAACGAUUCCGAAGAAACGUUACUCGAUAUAGCUAGUAAAUCUGGUUCCACGGAGUUUGUAAAACUUUUACUGCACGAAGGGGCAAACCCGAACAGGAUACCCGAAAUGUACAAUGACGCUCCUAUUCACUUUGCUACCGAAGGCGGACACGUGGCCACAUUGGAAGUUUUGCUAGCGGAACCAACGAUAAAUCCAAAUCUCGAAGCGGGACGGCAAACUGCCUUGCACAUCGCGGUAAAAAAGAAUGACCUGACCUGCGCCGAUCGGCUGCUGAAUGCAGGUGCCAGCGCAAGUAUUCCGAAUAACACGGGCCUGACGGCCCUCCACUUGGCGGCGAUGAAGGGCCAGUGCAACAUGGUGAAACUGAUACUAGGAAACAGCCAACAGUGUCCAGACAUCGACACCUACAAAGAUUACAACGACCAGACGACGCGAGAGGUGAUUCAGUAG